AUGCGCUACGGCAACGAACUCAAGCUUAGAGACGCGAGAAAGCUGCUGGCUGAGUUCUGGGGCGGGGAGGCGGACGCGAGCGAAGACGGACAGCCCGACGGCGGCGGCGGCGGCGGCGGCGUGGUGAUGACUCACGAGGACCCCGCCGUGGGUCCACUGACCAAGGUGACGCUGGCGUUGGUCGCGCUCCAGCAGCUGGCGCACCCGCCAUUGGCGGCCGUAGAUCACGCGCUGGUGGCCCUGUCCGACGACGCCAUCCCGGCUGCUUGGCUCAGCGUUCGGGGGGGCAACUUGUUCCUCUCGGAAGCGGCGGAGGUCGCCAUCGACAACGUGGUGAGCAUACAAUUCCUAGCGCUCCCGCUCGUGCAGAAGCAGCUGGACGACUAUCGCGUGAAAAUCGAGGAAUACAAUGAAAGUAAGAUGAGGUUCAUGCCCGCGAGGUCGACAGUGCCUACUCUGUCCUUGUACGGCCUCUGGCCGGCUUCAUUUGCCGAGUUGCUUUACCGCGCAAUCACGAGGCUGGAAAGCAAGUUCGCCAAGCAGGAUGUGCUCCCGCGCCUGAUGGACCGCCUGGCACAGGCCACCGCUGAACCAGUCUUCGACCGCCUGUUGGUUGUUCUGCUGAACCUGAUGCUGCCCGAUCCGCUGGUGGAGGGCACGCUGGCGCAGGAGCUCGACAAACAUACGGCGACAGUGCUGCGUCAGCUCGCCUUCGACUCCCGCUUUGACAAUCUGUGGCAGUGGAUCCAAGGCAAGAGGAAGCUGAAGCGAAGGCCCAGGCGCAGACCGACAAGGAAUCACCCGAGGGAGAAGAAGGCAAAGAAAAAGAAGAAGAAGGCAAGGAAGAAGAAGAAGAAGCAAUACGUCGACGCGCCGAUCCCCGCAGAACUGGUCGGUCGCAAGUGGCUGCCCAACUUUGACGGAAUGGACGACGAGAACUGGGCCGAGCUGGGCCAUGCCUACGGCUCCGCGGCGGACCUACCUCCCUUGAUUCGUGGCCUGGCGUCCAGGUCGCGCAAGGUGCAGGAGCGCUGCAUCGGCACACUCUACGGCAAUGCCAUCCACCAAGGCACACGGUACUCGGCGACGCCCCUGACGGCCAAGUGGAUUGCGUAUCUGCUCGAGUAUCAGUGCGUGAUCAACAAGGGCGCACUGUUGGAGUACCUGAUCGCGUUGAUGGUUGGCUUUCGAGAGAGCUACGUUCUGGCCGGCUGUGAUGGUCACUUCGAGGACUCGGACGAGCAAGCCACCUACGACGAAGUGAGCAAGCACCUGGCGAAGUACAUCUCCCUGUUCAGCACCGGCGACCAAGACAUUCGCUCCUACGUCAUCUUCCUGCUCGCCCCUCUCUUGGACGCGAUCGCACGCGACCCCACGCAGUCGCUGUGCAUUCGCGCGAGCGCGCUCGAGGCGCUGUCUUUUGUCGCACCCGUGCGCCAGGCCGAGGCCUGCAGCAAGGGGGAUGGCCAGAGCACCCACGCCGACGACGAGGCGAUCGCGCUGGCCAAGCGCACCGUCGACCUCCUGACCUCCUUCCUGCCGCCCGUCACCGGAGUCGUGGCGUCGCUGCGGGAUGUGGCCGCCGCCCGGCUUACGGGCGCCACCGGUGGUGAGGACGCAGGGCCGACGACGGGACCUCCUCACCACCUCGAGGUGCUGCCCGCAGAGUUGCAGGCGCUGGUGGCACACAAGGCCCUACUCAACGACCCAGCCACGCGUCGCUACUUCCAGAAACACGCAGCGUUUGGAAUCUGUCGGCUCAUCUGGCGGUCGCGCGGCAUCAGCGGCAGUCAAUACGCCAUCGAGAACGCCACCGGUUCUGAGACGGAGGAGCUGAUAGCGGCGCGGGAGUCGGUCUCCAGGGUCGAGCUCGAGCUCGAGCUGCACAGGUGGCUGCCGGCGGUCAAGCAGGUGCUCGUGGAGGACCUCGUAGACCCGGCCUCCUACACCAUCAACGACGCCGGCACGCUGUUGGAACUGAAGGGCGAUAAACUCGCGAAGCUCUACCUGACCAAGUUCAAGCUCUUUGGCACCGACAUCAACAGCGAGCUGCGCGAACUGUUCCUCGCCAAGCUUGCAGACACUCAGCUGCCCGCGCGCGUUGCGGUGAGGGUGGCGAGUGAGCUGCUGGAGCUCACCGGCCCGACCAACACGGGGGGCCUCACGAAUAGGAAUGUGUUCGAAGGUGCCGACGAAGACGACGAGGUCUACGACACGGCCGGCUGGUCCGACGACAAGAAGCGCGCCUUGAGCGCUAUCGUCAGGUGUGGGCAGGUGUGGGCGGAUGCCGACGAGGCGGACCGCCUGCGCCGGAACCUGCUCCCUUCGUUCGUCGGCACCAGGUGGCCCACGAGACACGGCCUCGCGCGCGCCUUGGGCGUCCCAGGCGUGCCGCCGCCCACCGAGGAAGAACUGCGCCGAGAGGCCGAGCAGAAGCUUCAACAACGGCAGAGCAAGAGCCGCCACACCCCGAUUUUUAACAUGUUCCCCUAA